GUUAUGCAGAAGUGCUGAGCGUGCAAGAUAAUGAUAUCGGCUUGACUAAUGUGAUCGAGCAUGGCAUCCUCACGGGAGAACAUCCGCCCAUUAGUUGCGCUCCUUACCGAUACUCACCAGCUCAGAGAGGGGCCGCAUUUCACCAUUUUCUUCUUAGGACACGUGGUAACAGACAAGCGGCUCCAACCGGAGCCGCAAAAGGUGGCAGUUGUCAGAGAUGCGUCGGUGCUUACGACUAUCAUGCAAGUUCGCGCCUUUUUGGGCCUGGCCUCGUACUACCGAAGAUUUAUCAAGGGCUUCGCGGCGAUCGCGGGACCCCUCAUGAAUCGGCUGCGCAAAGAUCAGUCGUUGAUCUGGACGCCGGAGUGUGAUCAAGCGUUUUUGAAACUCAAGGCCGCUCUCAUUUUGGCUUCGGUCCUUAUAAGACUGGAUCCCAAAAAAACUUUUGUUCUCAUCACUGACUGGCAGCCAGAGGCGAUCUCGGCAAUCCUUGCCCAGGUGGGACCAAGUGGACUCGAGAGCGUGGUGGAGUAUGCGUCCAAAUCGGUGUCCGCCUGCGAGCGCAACUACGCCGCUCCGACGGAAGAAUGCUACGCGGCUCUUUGGGGAAUCAGUCACUUUCGCGCUUACCUGUACGGGCGGAAGUUCACCUUGGUAACCGAUCAUGAGCCUCUGUUGGCUCUGAAUAAAUCGAAGGAUUACUCUGGCAUGAUCGGGCGAUGGGCAACGGUGCUACAGAGCAUGGACUUUGACAUUUGUCAUCGGAAGCACGAGAGGCACGGGAAUGCGGACGGACUGACACGAUUGCACCGGCUCGAAAAGGUUCCGAAGAGUGAGGAGGUGAUUCCGUGGAACGAACCCGAACAGGAGGUUGGACCUCGGUACGGCCAAGUGGAGAUCUUGUCGAAGCAGGAGCUUACAGGCAGUGGUACUAGCGGAAGUAAUCGCAGUUCAUCGACGAGCGGCUCCCGGAACGAGCCACGUCACCAAGGUUGCGGCUUUCAGCGGCGACAUCAAUUCGCUCAAUCCACGGUGGCAUACCGUGAUCUUGACCUCGCUGCGAGAGUGGACGGAGCAGGUGUGACGUGGACGCAAACCAGCGAGCAUCCUGCGUGGAUCGAAAAUUUGGAGCUGCUGAUCAUACAAGCUUGGAGAACUAACGUCGAGGGCGAUCUUCGCGGCUUUCUCUUUGGAUCGGUACGGCCGGGCCGCCGCCAAUUAAUUGCGCAGGAGCUCGUCACACCGAUUGUGCAAUUGGCGGACGAUCUCUCACCCGACAUCUAUUCACAAAGAGAUGACAGCCCUGCUCCAUACGUUCUCGAGCAGUCAUUGGAUUCGUACCUUCAGUGGACUGCCUGCUUGGAGGAGCCCAGGGAGGAAGACACUCUACCAUCACGGCAGGAGUACCUGAAGCCUUACGACAUCAUCCGUCACGCCUUCUAUCCGAAGGAGGAGGAAGUGGUGAUCGAAGACGACGAAGAAGAAGACGACGACGAGGAAACGUCGGAGGAGGGAAGCUAUAGCGAGUAUAGCGAGGGCGAGCUGAGUGAAGAAGGAGAAGAGGAGGAAGAAGAAACCGGAUCUAAGUGGGAAGCCCUGCCGGAGGAAGCAGCACGCACGGGCACAGAAGCAGAAGAUCCUGAGGCCUCACGCAAGCGGGAAGAUAUCGUCACCGGGAAGCGCCAGCUGGAGUUAGCCAGCGGAGUAAGCCUGCGCAUCGGUGACGAUCCAACCAAGAAUGCGGAGCCGCCGAAGACCGAAGAUGGCGACCCAGCAGCCGCCUCCCCAAGCACCUCACGAAGGAGACGGAGCAGAUCCCCCUCCUCCUCCAGCCCCACCCGUCCCCCAGUUCGCCCACGUACCGAUGCGGGCGAUAGGCCUUCGUCCUCAGACGUUAUCGCGUCGUCCCCUUGAUUUUCUCACCCUCAAACAGAUCUGCACCCCCGUCACCUUUCCCCUCCAUCCCUUCCUUCCCCUUCUUUUCUGCGACUUCUACUCUACCCGCCUACUCGC